AUGGCUCCCAAGGCUCGCAAAGGCGAUGCCGCCGCGACUGCGAACGGCGGCGGCGAUGCGGGCGACGAUCUGAUGGCGUGGGUGGCGAAGAGUCGCAAGCUGGACGAGAAGCGGCGCGCGGAGAAGGAGAAGGCGGAGCGCAUGGCGCGCAUGCUCGCCGACCAGGACGACGCGGCUGCGGAGGAGGAGGAGGACGACGAGGAGGAGCAAGGAGGGCGGCAGCGGUCAACGCGGCCAGAGUACACCUCUCGCGACCUGGCGGGGCUGAGGGUGAGGCACGGGGUGGGCGCGGUGCUGCAGGAGGGCGCGGCCGUGGUGCUCACGCUCAAGGACGCCUCUAUUCUCGCGGGGGACGACGUCAAUGAAGAGGAGGACGAGUUGGAGAACGUGGAGGUGGCGGAGCAGAGCCGGCGAGACAAGGCGUACCGCGCUGCUAAGAAGACCACCAGCAUUGCCGACAAGUUCGCAGAGGACGAGGGAGAGAAGAAGCCCAUGCUGCCGCAGUACGACGACGGGCAGGAGGACGAGGGGAUAGUGUUGGACGGUUCAGGCGGGCUGGACGAGGCCACUCGCUCGCGACUGGACCAGGUGCGCAGCAGGCUGCAGGGCGCAGCAAGCGCGCUCCCCCCUGCCCCGCACGCUCUUGGCAGCACCACGUUCGGGGGAGGGGCGGAUGGGACAAGUUUUGCCAGCCCAAAGGUGGCGAGCGACUUCCUGACGGCGGAGGAGAUGGAGCAGCGGCGGGCGGCAGCACAGUUCCGAAAGCCAAAGCGGAAGAAGGAGAGCCGAAGGCGACGAGGGGGGGAGGAGGGCGGUGAGGAGGGGGAGGGUGGAGCAGGGGAGGGAGGAGCGGGUAUGAUGAAGAAAAAGAGGAAGAAGGAGAAAUUAGAUUUGGAUAAGCUGGAGGCGCAGGCUCGGGCGGCAGGUUUGGGGAGAGGUUCGGAUCUGGGGCGGAGGGACGGGGAGGGAGAGACGGGGGUGACGGCGAGGCGGAAGGAGGAGCAGGCGAGGGAGGAGAGGGGCGGGCGGGCGGCGUAUGAGAGCGCCAAGGCCAAGGCUGUGCAGGCCUCGAUGGCGCUGAAGGGGGAGAGGGAAGGGGGCGCAGGGGAGGAGGGUGGAGUGGGUGGCAGGGAGGAGAGGGGGGUUGUGAAAGAGGAGAUGGAUGUGGAUGGGCGCGCGGGGGGGAAGGGUGGGUGGGAGGAAGGGGGUGAAGGGACGGUGGUGAAGAGGGAAGAGGAGGAGCAGGAGAAGGGCGAGGGCGAGGAGGCGGGACGGGAGGGGGAAGAGGAGGAGGAAGAGGGGGAGGAAGAGGGGGAGGAGGGGGAGGGGGAUGACACGGUGGUGAUAGGCGAUGACGAUGAGGACCUGCAGCGGUCGCUGCAGCGCACCCGACAGCUCGCCCUCAGACGCCGGCAAGAGGAGCACGCCGCUGCUGCCAGGGCCGCUGCCGCUGCCGCUGGGGAUGGGGGUGGGGGUGACGUGGGGAAGGUGAAAGAGGAGGCGGACGUGGGAGCUGGGAGUGGUGCGGGCGGUGCGGGGGUGGGCCCAGCAGUGAGGGGCGAGGCUCUGGUGCUGGCACGGGUGAAGCAGGUGGGGCGUGUGAGGAGGCGGGGGGGCGACGGGGAAGGGGAGGGCGCGGAGGGUGGGGAGGAAGAAGGUGCGGAGGGCGUGGGGCGCGGGCUUGUGUUCAGCGACACUGGGGAGUUCUGCCGCGGCUUGCAGCUGGAUGAUGGUGAGCUGGCAGGAUGA